UUCUAUUAUAUUCUAUUCUUAUGAAUGCAGUCAUUCAUAAUAACAGGAGGAGAUUUUUUCAUUAUUCAAAAUGUGUUUUUUAUUUUUUCAGUGUGCAAAUUGUUUUGGCACCUUUGAUAAUUACGCGAAGGGCGCGUGGGUGGAUUGUGCACGUGUGAUUGCGUGUGAAUGUGUGUAGAGAGAGAGGGUUGGUGGGUGGCAGAGAGAGAGAGAGAGAGAGAGAGAGAGAAGAGGGAAGAUCUCGCUCUUGUUGUCGUUAUUCGGACAGUUUCAGCGCAGAAAUCCUGAACACCACACAACUACACUUCUGUGCUUCUUCUUCUUCUGCGCUGCAGACAGGUGACUGAGUGAGUGAGUGUGGACCCGGACUGCUGGAGGAAGAGGAGGAGGAGAGGAUGAGGAGUCUGUCACACACACACUGGCUCGGCUCUCAGCAGAGUUAUUUCGUUCACUCGGCAGCGCGUUUCAACGCCUUCUCUCCUUUUUUUCCUCUCCUCACAUCUUCUCUCCGGGCUCUCUCAGGAAACUAUUGCCUGAUAUUCAUCUGCAAGGUGUGAUCAUUUAUUUUUUUUAAUUAUUAUUAUUAUUUUUUUUUUUAAUAUGACAUCAGUGCCGAACGUGUGGGCUGGGUUAUUAUUCACAUCUCCAAAGACGGAAUAUACCAGGAUAUAGGACUUAAACGGAGUGCGUCUUUUUCCUUCCUCUCGCUUGCUGCCCUUUAAUGAACAACCCGAUGGUGCGGUUUAUUCUCUUUCUUUCUUUCUUUCUUCUCCUCUGAAAUCCUCUGGAAUGGGUGCUCAAGCAACAAGCGACCAUGGCUGUGUGCAGCAGCAGCAGCAGCAGCAGCUCUGCGCACACUUCAGGAUGAUAACAACGCAUUGGUGAAUCAGUCGCUGGGUUUUGGUUUUUGGAUGUUUGUGCGUGAGUGCAUAACGCAUCUGCUGCACCUGCGUGGAUUUACAGGAGGUCUAAUAAUCUGAGACACCUGUGUUUAUUGUUUCUGUGCUGGAUCGAGGACAGGAAUGAACAGUUGGAUUCGUAAAACUCUCCUAAAAAAAAAAAAAGUGUCUCUACGUUUUUUUAUUUCUAAUCCUUAUUUCUAAGCUUUUUGGUUGAAACUGCUGAACGUGAAAAUCAUGGGAAGACACUGUGCUCCUCAACUAAAACCGGGUUUUAUUACAUUCCGGGUGUUGUGGAUGCUGCAUGCUUUCCUGGACCUGGACCUUGCAGGCUCCCAGGAGAUUUACGCGCCGCACUCGAUCCGUGUGGAGGGCGACGUGACGCUUGGGGGGCUCUUCCCGGUCCACGCCAGAGGGGUGGGGGGGGUCCCGGGGAUGCCGUGCGGGGACAUCAAGAAGGAGAACGGCAUCCACCGGCUGGAGGCCAUGAUGUACGCCCUGGACCAGAUCAACGGCGACGAGGAGCUGCUGCCCAACGUCACCCUGGGCGCCCGCAUCCUGGACACCUGCUCGCGGGACACGUACGCGCUGGAGCAGUCACUGACGUUCGUCCAGGCGCUCAUCCAGAAGGACACGUCGGACGUGAGGUGCACCAACGGGGAGCCGCCGGUGUUCGUCAAGCCGGAGAAAGUUGUCGGGGUCGUAGGAGCGUCGGCCAGCUCUGUGUCCAUCAUGGUGGCCAACAUACUGCGCCUCUUCCAGAUCCCUCAGAUCAGCUAUGCAUCCACUGCCCCAGAGCUAAGUGACGACCGGCGCUACGACUUCUUCUCUCGGGUGGUCCCUCCGGACAGUUUCCAGGCCCAGGCGAUGGUGGACAUCGUCAAGGCCAUGGGCUGGAACUACGUCUCCACGGUGGCCUCGGAGGGCAGCUAUGGGGAGAAGGGGGUGGACGCCUUCAUGCAGCUCUCCAGGGAAGCAGGUGGAAUCUGUAUCGCUCAGUCACUGAAGAUCCCCCACGACCACAAACCCUCCGACUUUGAUAAAAUCAUCCGUCUGCUGCUGGACACUCGGUACGCCAGGGCAGUCAUCCUGUUUGCCUCUGAUGAGGAUAUCAGGGGUAUCCUGAAUGCCAGUAAGCGAGCGGACCAGGUCGGUCACUUCCUGUGGAUCGGCUCGGACAGCUGGGGGGCCAAGAACAGUCCCAUCCACCAGCUGGAGGACGCUGCUGUGGGAGCCGUCACUAUCCUGCCAAAGAGAGCCACCAUCAGCGGGUUCGAUGCGUACUUCACGUCACGGACUCUGGAGAACAACAGGAGGAACGUGUGGUUUGCUGAGUACUGGGAGGAGAACUUCAACUGCAAACUGAUGAGCUCCUCCAAGAAAGACGAGAGCAGCAGAAAGUGUACAGGUCAGGAGCGGAUCAGCAUUGAUUCCAAGUAUGAGCAGGAGGGUAAGGUCCAGUUUGUGAUCGAUGCAGUGUACGCCAUGGCCCACGCCCUCCACAACAUGCAGAGGGACCUGUGUCCAGAGAACUCCGGCAUCUGCCCCGAGAUGGACCUGGCUGGAGGGAAGAAACUACUCAAGUACAUCCGCAGCGUCAGCUUCAAUGGAAGUGCUGGUACUUCAGUGACCUUCAACCGUAAUGGCGAUGCCCCCGGACGCUACGACCUGUUUCAGUACCAGUGGAACAACGCCACCGGGUCGGGCUACCGCGUGAUUGGACAGUGGACCGAGACCCUGCAGCUCAAUAUCGAGGACAUGCAGUGGCCUCGGGGGGAGCAGGACAUGCCCAGCUCCGUGUGCAGCCUUCCCUGUAAAAGUGGUGAGAGGAAGAAGGUGGUGAAAGGUAUGCCCUGCUGCUGGCACUGUGAGCCCUGCGACGGCUACCAGUAUCAGUUCGACGAGUUCACCUGCAAGCUCUGCUCCUACAACAUGAGGCCCAAUGCCAACCGCACAGCAUGCCAGCCUAUACCCAUCAUUAAGCUGGAAUGGCACUCGCCCUGGGCAGUGAUUCCGGUUUUCCUGGCAAUGCUCGGCAUAAUCGCUACAAUCUCCGUCAUGGCUACGUUCAUACGGUACAACGAUACGCCGAUUGUCCGAGCAUCCGGCAGGGAGCUGAGCUACGUUCUCCUGACUGGGAUAUUUUUGUGCUAUAUCAUUACAUUCCUCAUGAUCGCCAAGCCAGAUGUAGGCGUGUGCUCGUUCCGAAGGAUUUUCCUGGGUCUGGGUAUGUGCAUCAUGUACGCCGCCCUCCUCACCAAAACCAACCGCAUCUACCGGAUCUUCGAGCAGGGCAAGAAGUCGGUGACGGCACCAAGGCUGAUCAGCCCCACCUCACAGCUGGCAAUCACCUCCAGCCUCAUCUCAGUCCAGCUGUUGGGGGUGUUCAUCUGGUUUGUGGUGGAUCCGCCAAACACCAUCAUAGACUAUGAUGAGCAGAAGACCUUCAACCCGUAUCUAGCACGAGGGGUGUUGAAAUGUGACAUCACGGAUCUUCAGAUUAUCUGUUCGUUGGGUUACAGCAUCUUAUUGAUGGUGACGUGUACUGUUUACGCUAUAAAGACCCGCGGGGUCCCGGAGAAUUUUAACGAGGCCAAGCCCAUCGGGUUCACCAUGUACACCACCUGCAUCGUAUGGUUGGCUUUUAUACCCAUCUUCUUCGGCACGGCGCAAUCUGCAGAAAAGCUGUACAUCCAGACGACCACACUGACCAUCUCCAUGAACCUGAGUGCGUCCGUGGCCCUCGGGAUGCUCUACAUGCCCAAAGUCUAUGUCAUCAUCUUCCACCCGGAGCUCAACGUGCAGAAGAGGAAACGUUCCUUCAAAGCCGUCGCCACAGCCGCCACCAUGUCAUCCCGACUCUCCCACAAGGCCAGCGACAGACCCAACGGAGAGGCUAAGACGGAGCUUUGUGAGAACGUCGACCCCAACAGCUAAUUUCAUAAUUUAUCAGAGGUCCAGCAGCAAAGAAGAAAUUUGUGAGCUACAACGACCUUGUGAUCUAACGGCAUCAGAGCGAGAGACUGAAAAGAGAGUGAUAGUCGGAGAUGUCUGGUUUCCUGCCCCGCUGGCUAAAAACAAGAAAAGUGAAGGAAAAAAGAAAGGAGAGAAGUAUGUUUUUUUUUCUUGUUGUUUAGUUCUUUGGUCUCAUGUGCUUCAUUGCCAACCACAGACUUUCAGAUUCUGAAGCAAAGCCUUGUGGGACUUUCCUCUGGGCAAAGACUUUGGGCACACACACACAUUCAGUCCGUCAAAGAGACCCGAGGAAGCAAAGAAAGACAAGACGUGAGGAUGUUCAGUAAAUUAAAAAAAUAAAUCCAGAGUAUUUUUGUUUGUGAGGCGGCGAUGAUGAUGAUGGUACUGACAACAAACAUGACGGACAUCUUGCAGCCUCACGGAGCUCCAUGUUGAUCUCUCUCUGCCGUUGAUGUCAAACCAAGCCGCCGUUUCGGCCUGACGUGACCUUUCUACGGAGCCCGCCUCCUCUUGUCUUUUAAUGUACUUCCAAACUGCAAGUUUUCCAACCCGUCCUCCCGCGUGUGGUUCUUUAUGGCUUAUAUGUUACUUUGGUUGUUGGUUUUGUUUCUUUUCUUUUUGUUUUCUUUCAAAGGCGACGAUGGUUAUGACGUCGAUGAUGAAUCUAUUUUGCUCUUUGCUUCUUGGAUGCACAUUGUUUUUUAUUAAAGCCAUAUUCUUCGCUUAGAGAUUUUGAGGGCUUUGCUCACGCUGCCACCUGGAAUCUGAUUGUUGCCACUAAAACGUCCUUAAAGGCCCUGAAAACAUGUUUUCUCAAUCAGCUUCUUGCUAUGAGUGAUGGGAUCCUACAUGAAAACACUAUUUUCAUUAACACUUUAGAUUAGGCCUACAGUGUAAUGCUGAAGUACAGGGGAUCUCAAAACGCUGCCUAUAUUUGUCAAUUAAGUCAAAUAGUCUCCAUUAAAAGUAUGCUGAAUGAUCUUUUAGCAGCUCCUGUUUGCAGUGUAGCCAUGUAUGUGGACAACUAUCACUGGAUUACUUGAUACUGAAUAAAACCUAAAAAGUGAUAAUUCUCAGGCAAGUUCUGCAGUUAUAAGGAGAGUCUUUGUUUCUAUGAAUUCUAAGUGGAUUUAUGGACAUUUAUUUGUAAUGGACAUUAACGUUAAUGAUAUCCCCAGAAAGUCUAACCACCACUGAAUCUAAUAAUAAGUGUAUAAUGUGUGUGUGUUUAAAUUUGACUCAGUUAUGACUCGGAGAAAGAGGGUGAUGUCUGAUUUACAUUGUAGCAAUUAGGGUGCUGAAGUGCUGACAGGAAACCCAGAAUCGGGAAUUUGUGGGGCUUAAUAGGUGUUAAUUAUGUAUGUUGUCUUGCCAUCUUCUAUGUUGUUUUUUUAACCUGAAUUUUAUCAUCUCUAUUAUCUGUUUUAAGCCUGUUUGGCAAAGUUCCGUCACAGGGAUAAACUUGUGUGUGUGUGUAGCUCCUAAAUCAUUUCCCUGUAAUUUAAAAGUCUCUUAAUCUCCUCCAUGAUCUGUGUGUCUCUGCUGCAGCUCCACCUGCUGACAAACAAUAGUGUACAAUACAAUAACUAACUUCCUGUUGUUGUUACAAACGCCUGCAUGCAUACGUCCCACUCACCUCACACGGUAUCUUUCAGCCCAGUCGCCCAGCAGUUCGUUAAAUAGUCACGAAACUUAAUGUAUUGAUUUGCGUACAGAGACACAAAUUUCAAUUUUUUUUCUUGAUGUCAGCACAAAAGCAAUUUGUAUGUAAUCCAUGUAAUUAUGAAGUAUAGAGAGCGACGACCACUGCGUAGGGAGGAGGUCAGGAUGAAUGGGUGGGUCAAAAAACACAGGACUUUGCAACAAAGUUGAUUUAUUUGUCACAUGACUUCUGUACUUAAAUUACAGCACUUCUGGAGUUAUUUUAACCCAAACCGCGAUUUUUUUCCUAAACCUAACUAAGUAGUGUUUUCACGUAACUUCCGUACAUAAGUUAUGGCACUUCCGGAGUUAUUUUAACCCAAACCGCGAUCUUUUCCUGGAAUUUCUUAGGAAAAAGCACCAAAAAUAUGUUGUUGAAAGUCGUGCUGAGCAUCACGAAAAAAGGAGAAAUUUGUGUCUGUGUACACAAAUCAAAAAGUUUAAAUUUCAGGACUAGUUCACAAACUGCCGUGAGACUGUGUUGUAUCUUUACCUCACUAUGUCUCUCCUCAGGGUUUAAAAGCCUCUGUUUUAAAGAAACACUUAGAAUUGAAGCCAUGUUUUCAGGGGCAUUAACUAUGUACGAUUAGGAAUGUGGAUAUAAGACCAGGUUGCUUCCAGUGUUCUCUUAAUUAUGUGACUGGGAAUGAGAUCUGAAGGUACCCGUUUUCUCAGAAACUUGUAAUAAAUCCGGGCUGUGAACUUUGCAUGGCUAACCCAAAAAAAAGAUGAGAUGUCGAGCAAAACAUCAGAGAUUUGCUUUCUAUUGAAAGGUCAGCAACGUGGUAAAUAUCAGAUUCCUCAGCAGGCCGCAGACACAAAGCCAAAAAGAAAAAGAAAAACAGGCGUGUUUUUAAAGGCUUUUUUGUUUGAACUGUUUGAAAUGUUUGUGGUCCCAUGAUGAAAGCAUUAUCAUCCCAACAUGUGUGUUCCUUCUCCACAUGCACAUACAUGAUGACUUCUCCAGUAUUUUGUAGGUGUAUGAUGAUGAUGAUGAUGAUGAUGACCCUUAACUGUGUUGUAGCCGACUUAAAAAGAACCUAAUGGGUCCAGACUUCACUGGACUACUGAUACAACAAAAGGUGUUGAUGUCGAGGUUGUCAAUGCAUGCCUGAUAUGUUCGAUGUUGAAUCAGAAAAAAAAAAAGUUUCAAAUAAUGAAAUUCUCACAACACAGUUGAUUCCACCUGUCUGCUCUGAAUUGUACUGUUUUUGAUUUCCUUUCUGUUUCUUUAUUUCACUGAUACUUUCUCACACAGCAGAAUAUGGCUUUGAUUGGUUUCUUAUUUUCCUGGAAACUAUGGGAAUUGGAGAAAAAGAUGAAUAUAUAUUUAAAAAAAAAAAAAUACUUGUU